GGGUCCCGGCCUCUCCGCCAUGGCGAAGACCGUGGCCUAUUUCUACGACCCGGACGUGGGCAACUUCCACUACGGAGCGGGGCACCCCAUGAAGCCGCAUCGCCUGGCGCUAACCCACAGCCUGGUCCUGCACUACGGGCUCUACAAGAAGAUGAUCGUUUUCAAACCGUACCAGGCAUCCCAGCAUGACAUGUGCCGAUUCCACUCCGAGGACUACAUCGACUUCCUGCAGAGAGUGAGCCCCAACAACAUGCAGGGGUUCACCAAGAGCCUCAAUGCCUUCAACGUGGGCGAUGACUGCCCAGUGUUUCCAGGCCUCUUUGAAUUUUGCUCUCGCUAUACUGGGGCCUCCCUGCAGGGAGCAACGCAGCUGAACAACAAGAUCUGUGAUAUUGCAAUAAACUGGGCAGGGGGCCUGCAUCAUGCCAAAAAGUUUGAGGCUUCUGGGUUUUGUUAUGUUAACGACAUAGUUAUUGGCAUCCUGGAGCUGCUCAAAUAUCAUCCACGUGUUCUGUACAUUGAUAUCGAUAUCCAUCAUGGAGAUGGUGUGCAGGAGGCUUUCUACUUGACGGACCGUGUCAUGACAGUGUCAUUUCAUAAAUAUGGGAACUAUUUCUUUCCUGGUACAGGUGACAUGUAUGAAGUUGGUGCAGAGAGUGGUCGUUACUACUGUCUCAACGUGCCUCUACGAGAUGGCAUUGAUGACCAAAGUUAUAAACACCUCUUCCAGCCAGUCAUUAACCAGGUGGUAGAUUACUAUCAGCCCACCUGCAUAGUACUGCAGUGCGGUGCUGAUUCUCUGGGUUGCGACCGUUUGGGUUGUUUUAACCUCAGUAUAAGAGGACAUGGGGAGUGCGUGGAGUAUGUAAAGAGCUUCAACAUCCCCUUGCUGGUACUGGGAGGAGGUGGUUACACAGUUCGCAACGUGGCACGAUGCUGGACUUACGAAACAUCAUUGCUUGUAGAUGAAGCAAUUAGCGAAGAGCUCCCAUACAGUGAGUACUUCGAAUACUUUGCUCCAGACUUCACCCUUCAUCCUGACGUCAGUACGAGGAUUGAAAAUCAGAACUCCCGGCAGUACUUGGAUCAGAUCAGGCAGACGAUAUUUGAGAAUCUGAAAAUGCUGAACCAUGCUCCCAGCGUGCAGAUCCACGAUGUCCCUUCUGACUUGCUCAGCUACGAUCGCACAGAUGAGCCUGAUCCAGAGGAAAGAGGUUCUGAGGAAAACUACAGCAGGCCUGAAGCUGCCAACGAGUUUUAUGACGGUGACCACGAUAACGACAAAGAGAGUGACGUUGAGAUCUGAGCGCUGUGGUGUGGGGCUCUGGACUGUGGGGGAGUCCCGCAUUGGACAUGGGUGCUUGGAGCAGAUAACUGGGCCACGUAGGAGCCAGUUAGCCCUCCCUUCGUAUUUGAUUGCAUGCGGUGGCAGCAGAAACAACACCGCUGCAGGCUUCUGCUACCUGAAGAGGCAGAGAGCAGUGAAACGUGUUCCUUACUUUCCACCAUGUGUCACGGUUCCAGCUGUCACCGCUCUGGGAAAUGGAAAUUUGAGUAGCACUCGAAUCUGUGCUGUGUACUGGCUGGCAGCCGUGCGACUGCCUUCAGAGCCUGACCUGUGCUGGUUCAGUCGCCUCCCGUAACUCCCAUGCGGGCUUCUGCCAGCAAGGUGGGAGCUGGAGCGGUUGUGCCUACGAUCUCUGCCUCUCUUCAGCAGCAACACCUGAUACAUCCUGCUCUCCCCGGCCCUCCGCUCAGGUACCCGGUUGACUGUCCUCUGAAGCCUGCACUGAGAGUUGCUUCCUGAUGUCCCUUCGAACCAUCUGAUGCUCCACAGCUCAAGGAAAACUAUACGAGAAGACAAGGCCAGUUGUGGGAUAGGGGUCGGGAGCAUCCCUGGAGCAGGGAGCAGCUUGAUGGAGCACGAUGGAAGAAUGUAUGCAGAGCAUAGUCUUGUUCAUUCCCCCCCAUACUUGGUUUGGUGUUCACAAAUGAGUACUGUGACACUUUGCAGAGUUGGACCUUACUUCCCUGUUUUCUGUAUUCUUCGAGAGGCUAACAUCACUGUGGAACACAGGUUUGGCUGCCAAGGUCAGUACAUAGUGUGUCUUGCACCUCUGAUGUAGCUUCCAGCGGUGUUUUCCAACUUCACGCGUGGCCCUUCUGUGUGUUAGCAAGAGAUGUGGGCUGCUUGCUCGGAGUGGAAACCAUUCCCUCUUGACUGUACCCAGGAGGCGUCGCUCUGCUCGUGGGUGAGGGAAGCUGCUGCUUCUAAGUCCUGUCUUCUUGCCCUCACACAGCAGAGAUUUCUCUCGGCCAUCCCUCAAAUCCCAGACUUUGCUGCUCCUUCGCCAGAGUCGUCACCUGGUACCUGUCGUGGUUUGGAGUGUGCCGUUUGGGGAGGCAGGAGGGGGUUAGCCUCUGACUGUACUGUUCUGUUUGUUUACUGACGUCUUUAAACAUUAAAUGAAGAGGCAGUAUUUUUCUUACCUGA